GCGAACCUGCCCGCCCGAAACAAGUCAGAUAGCAACUGCUGUUGACAGCCUUCGACCGUGCACCAGAUACACGAACGCACAGCACUCGACCAGCUUUCGACCCGUCCGACGAAAUCUGUCAACACGCACCACAGAACUUAACAUCUUAAACUUUCCAGGCUGUACCCCUCCGUACUCGUUCCCCUCGACCGCAGUCGUACCGAUUGUCUGCCAUCCACCACGACGAUAUUAUCCAGCCCACAUUGGCCGAUUCCACCGCCGACUGAGCGCCCGGCCGCCCCUCCGUCAUCCCUCAGAGCAGCGCCUGGUCAGGAAUGGUGCAUACACGGCUCGACCUUCUAAGACCAACUUCCACAAGUCCGAUAUCACGAUAGACGUAUAGCAUCAAACCCGUCCACUGGCUGUCGCUCUUCCGCGAUGCCUCCUCCACCCCUCAACAGGUUCCCCAGCGGACCUUCGCCCUAUCAUCAGCAGUUUCCUACACACGGCCAGCACACGGCAAGCCAUCCUCCGCAACUGGCAGGAAACCCCGCCUACCUCAACCAGAACGCCCAAGUGAACCCCUUUUCGGCAAAUAGCAACCUAUUAGGCCUAGGCGGGGGACUAAAUGCUGGUGGCGGCGGCUUCAAUGUGGGGGGAGACUCGGGGCUGGCGAGCCAUGCUGCGAGGAUGGGGUUCCAGCACGGGGCCCAACUUCAGCAACAACAGCAGUCCCAACAACAACAUCAACAGCAGGCCCAGCAACAGACGGCCCAACACUCGCAACACGCCCAGCAUGCCCAGCACCAACAGCACAUGCAACACGCACCACAACAGGGUCACGGUGCCCUCGCCGACCAUGUCACGCGAUCGCAGAGCAAGAGCCGGAUACGAGAGGUGUGGAAGUACAACUUGAACGAGGAGAUGGCCAUACUGAGAGACUUGGUGGACAAGUAUCCGUACAUUGCUAUGGACACCGAGUUUCCCGGCGUCGUGUCGAGACCGAUGGGAGGUUUUAGGGGAAAGAGCGACUACCAUUACCAAUGUCUCAGGACCAACGUCGACAUGUUGAAGGUCAUCCAGAUCGGCAUCGCCCUAUUCAACGAAGACGGCGAGCAACCCCCUGCACGACCAAACUCGACCGAUUCUAUGGAUCUCGCAGGAAAAAGGGCGGCCAACCAACAGGGGCCGUUUCCCUUCGCGUGGCAGUUCAACUUUAAAUUUUCUCUUAAGGAGGACAUGUUUAACCAGACCUCGAUCGAGUCUCUGCAGCAAGCCGGUAUCGACUUCAGCCUACUUGAGCGGGACGGCAUCGACCCCAAGGAGUUCGCCGCGCUGCUUAUCCCAUCCGGCUUAGUGUGUUUCGAAGACGUGCGCUGGAUCAGCUUCCACGGUGGCUACGACUUUGGAUACCUUACAAAGCUUCUAAUCUGUGCUCAGCUUCCUAACGACGAGGUCGAGUUUGAUCAGAUCAUGAAGCUUUAUUUCCCGUCAACAUAUGAUGUUAAGCACCUCAUGAAACACGCUAUCAAGCAGUACAACAGCGGUGCGCUGACCCCCAACGAUCCGGGCGCGGCCGAAAUCCUUCAAAAGUUCGAGCAGAAAUCAGGUCUUGAACACAUCGCCGACACUCUCAAGGUUAAGCGCGUGGGAAGUGCACACCAGGCGGGCAGUGACAGCCUUAUCACCGGCAAGGUCUUCUUCGAGCUACGGAAGCGCAUCUUCAACGGAGAUAUCGGUGGCGAGCACGUCGGCAAGGUCUGGGGUCUCGGCAUCCCCGAUUUUUCCGUCGUUGCUAGCCUUCCCAGUCUUAACACGGCAGCCGCGACUGCUAGCAAUAACAACAAUAACAGCGCCAACGCCGAGAGCUCAGCAACUGGGCAGCAGCAAAACGGUGCGCAGAACGGAACCCCCAGCACGCCCAACGGUGCUUCGGUGAACCUCGCCGGUGCGCUCGCGGCUGCGGGCGCCAACGCGGCUCAAGCGGCCGUCGCUGCGCAGGCUGCCGCUGCCGCCUCGCACAACACCAACGGUGGUGCGGCGGCGAUGGGCAACCUCGGACCGAUGACGCCCGGCGGCGGAGGUGGUGUGUUCGGCCAGUUCGCGUUCGGCAACUCCAACAAUAGCAGCGCCAAUCGAGGCUAGAAGCAUCCGGCGGCGGGCUCUAAUAUGACGGUGGUUGGAGGGGAUGGAUGGGUUCAAACAACAACAAGCGUCUCUUAGUCGGGACAUCCUGCUGAUCCUUUUCGUCCUCCUCCUCCUCGUCCUCCUCAUGGGUUGGUGGUACAUCAUCAUCAUCAUCCUCCUAGGGUGGUACGUCAUCGUCAUCAU